AUGGGCGCGCUGCCCGCCAGCCGGCUCCUGGGCUGCCUGCUGCUCUUCUCCUUCCUCUCGGCAGCCCCCGCGGGCCGGGCGGACUUCGCCGAGCCGCGGGGCAGAGCGGCCAGGAUCAAAGUCAACCCCCGCGGCAGCCUCUGGGCCACAGGUCACUUCAUGGGGAAGAAGAGCAUUGCGGCCUCCCCGCUUCUGGAGUCUCCGGGAGAUGCUGCAGCAAACUCCAUCCCAAUGGCCUUCAGCCCGACUCUCCGAGCUGUCUUGCAGGACAUGAAAGAGCUGCUUACCAGAGAGCUCCUGAAAAUCCUCUUGCAAGAGAGACUAAUAGAUGAGAACCAAGGAAAAUCUGAGCUUCAAAACCAGGAGAUGGGAUUGGUAAUGAAGGUGCUGGAGAAAUACCUUUCAAACUGA